GUCACCAACGAAGCGCUACCGAGCGAGCGAGUGUACUUCCGGUGGCUACAUGCUAACUUCCUGCUGCGUGUCUCGGAGCUUCAUGGAGACAAAGUGAAUGUUUGACGGAACAAACGGGUCCAAAUGUCCCGACAGAGACUGAAGACACUCUGCGCUGCUCACUGCAUCCGAACCAAGGAACGGACCAAUGAACUGCGAGCUAGCACAGCGAGCUAACGAGCUUAGCUUAGCCUGAAGCUAACGGACGCUAACGUGUCAACAUGUCCCACAGAGCAGGAGCAGACAUCCAGCUGCUGAUCGUGGGUAAAGAAGAGGAGGAAGAGCCCGAGCAGCCGGAUUGGAGCUCCAGUCUGAACCAGGACGAGCCGCCACACAUUAAAGAGGAACAGGAGGAGGUGUGGACCAACAGAGAGCAGCUUCAAGGACUGGAGGACGACCAGAUCAUCAGGUUCACGUUCAGUCCUGUUCCUGUGAAGAGUGAAGACGACGACAGCGACGACAACAAUGAUGAUGAUGAUGAAGAGAAUCCUCAGAGCCAAGCUGAACAGAACAGAGAUGCAGAGUGUUUGAAAACAGAAGCUGAUACAGAGGACUGUGGAGAACCAGAACCAGAAGCAGACUUUAAUCCAGAUACUGAUGACAGAUCUUCAGACUCUGAGCCUCAGACUGAUGACAGCUGUGACUGGGAGGAGCGCAGUGAAGCUCCUUCAGGUGUGAACUCUGUCAAAGAUGACAGUGAUCCCGGUAAAAAACUGUUCAGCUGCUCCGAGUGCGGCAAACAGUUCAGCCGUAACUCCAACCUGAAGAGACACAUGAGGACGCACACCGGAGAGAAACCAUGCUGCUGUUCUGUUUGUGGUAAACGAUACGCGGGAAGCUCAGCUUUGACGUCACACUUCAGACUUCACACCGGAGAGAAACCGUACGUGUGCUCGGUUUGUAAAGCAUGUUUCAGACUCAGACAAAAUCUGCUGCGACACAUGAGAGUCCACACCGGGGAGAGACCGUUCAGGUGCUCCGUCUGCGGGAAAGGAUUCUCACAUCAGUCAAAUCUGACGUCUCACUUAAGAGUCCACACGGGAGAGAAGCCGUUCACGUGCUCCGUUUGUAAAGUGAACUUCAGUCUCAAACACAAUCUGACCGCUCACAUGAGGAUGCACACCGGGAGGAAACCGUUCAGUUGUACAGUUUGUGGUAAGAAAUUUGCACGGAGGGCGGUUCUGAAACAACACCUGACCGUGCACACAGGGGAGAAACCGUUUGGCUGCUCAAUCUGUGGUAAAAAAUUCUCUCAGAAGGGAGAUUUGACUCAUCACGUGGCCCUGCACACGAGAGAGGAGCGAUACAGCUGCUCCGUCUGUGACAAAAGAUUCACCUGGAUCUAUCAGCUCAAAAACCAUCAGUGUGUGGGGCGAAGAGACGAGGACAGAGACACGAGACAUUUAAAAACAGAAGCCGGCGCUGAAGAUGAUGGAGGAGGAUCAGAAGCAGAUUUACAACCUCACGACAAGACGUCACACGAAUCAGAGCAGAGCAGAGAACCUCCGUCACCCGUCAGUGAUCAGAAACACAACGGAUCCCGAACACGAGAGAAACCGUUCAGCUGCUCCGUUUGUGGGAAACGAUACCUGUGGAAGCAGUACCUGACGUCACACAUGAGACUUCAUUCAGAGGGGAAACAUUUAAGCUGCUCGGUUUGUGAAAAGACUUUUCAGUGGAGGGUUGAGUUCAUGACGCACAUGAGAGUCCACACAGGUGAGAAACCCUUCAGGUGUUCCUUCUGCGGCAAAGGCUUUUCACAAAACACACACCUGAAGCAGCACGUGAGGAUCCACACGGGGGAGAAACCGUUAACGUGUUCGUUUUGUGGGAAAGGAUUCGCACGGAGCUCCAACUUGAUCUCACACCUACGAGUCCACACGGGAGAAAAACCGUUCACGUGCUCGGUCUGUAACGUGAGUUUCAGCCACCGCAGCGCUUUGCCCCGGCACAUGAGAAUCCACACCAAGGAGAAACCGUUCGGCUGCUCAGUCUGCCACAAAUCCUUUUCACGUAAGGGAGCUCUGAGGAAACACAUGGCUGUGCACAGCGAGGAGGAAACAUUCAGUCAGCUGAGGGAUGCGAAAGAACACCCGUGUGCUGGAGAGAGCAGCACGCGGAAACGUGUCAACAUGUCCCACAGAGCAGGAGCAGACGAGCAGGAGCUGCUGGUGAUUAAAGAGGAGCAGGAGCGAGCGGAGCUGCCACACAUUAAGGAGGAACAGGAGGACACGUGGAGCAGUGAGGAGGAGCAGCUCCGAGGUGAUUGGCUCAGAGUUCAAACACGCUACGUCCAGCUGCUGAUCGUGGGUAAAGACGAAGAAGAGGAAGAGCCCGAGCAGCCGGAUUGGAGCUCCAGUCUGAACCAGGACGAGCCGCCACACAUUAAAGAGGAACAGGAGGAGGUGUGGACCAACAGAGAGCAGCUUCAAGGUCUGGAGGACGACCAGAUCAUCAGGUUCACGUUCAGUCCUGUUCCCGUGAAGAGUGAAGACGACGACAGCGACGAUGAUGAUGAUGAAGAGAAUCCUCAGAUCUCACAGCUUGAUCCGAACAGAGAUACAGAGGACUGUGCAGAACCAGAACCAGAAGCAGACUUUAAUCCAGAUACUGAUGACAGGUCUUCAGACUCUGAGCCUCAGACUGAUGACAGCUGUGACUGGGAGGAGCGCAGUGAAGCUCCGUCAGGUGUGAACUCUGUCAAAGAUGACGGCGAUCCCGGUAAGAAACUGUUCAGCUGCUCCGAGUGCGGCAAACAGUUCAGCCGUAACUCCAACCUGAUCCGACACAUGAGGAUCCACAAAGGAGAGAAACCCUUCGCCUGCUCGUUUUGUGGGAAAGGAUUCGUACGAAGUUCAGAUCUCACCUCACACCUCCGAGUUCACACCGGAGAGAAGCCGUUCACGUGCUCGGUCUGUAACGCCAGUUUCAGUCAAAGACAGAACGUGCUGCGACACAUGAGGAUCCACACCGGGGAGAAACCCUUCAGCUGCUCCGUGUGCGGGAAAGGAUUCUCCCAGAAGACGUGUAUGAGACAGCACAUGAGGAGCCACACGGGGGAGAAACCUUUGAGCUGUUCGAUCUGCGGUAAAGGAUUCACACGGAGCUCCAACUUGAUGUCCCACUUAAGAGUCCAUACGGGAGAGAAGCCGUUCACGUGCCCGGUUUGUAACGCCAGUUUCAGCCACAGGAGCGCUUUGCCCCGACACAAGAAGAUCCACAUCGACAAGAAACCGUUCAGCUGUUUAGUUUGUGGUCAGACGUUCGCACGAAAGGAAGAUCUGGGACAACACCUGAGCGUCCACGCGGAAGAGCUCGGACGGGACGACGUGUCAGAAAGCAGCGGUGUGGUGGAGAGAGAAGUCGAUGACGUGAACGAGAUCAGCUGAAACGUUCUUCAGUGUUUUAGAGUCUGAAUCACUAACGUGCAAUAACCUUGAAGUGCUCAAACUUUAUUUAUUUAGGACAAAUCACAAGUCUGAAAAAUGUGUUUGUGUUCUGACUUUGAGAUUUCAAGUCCCUCGUCCUCUCCCAUCUUUAGUCUUCACCCAAACGUCCCAACAGGAGAUGUUACGGUGGCCUUGAAUUGUGAUGCCAAUCGUUACCAGCAUGCUAACGCUCCAGCCUACACUAAGCCUUUCAAAGUGGACGAUGAUGAACCGUAAUUAACUUAAUAUUUUUAGAUUUCCAACAGAACAUUAAAUAUGUUUACGACCGCCGCACCGGAAGGUGAGAUGGACGGAGACGCCUGAACGUCGACUGACUGUCGACUUCUUUUAUUCCAGAACAUUUGACUGACGACGACUGAACAGAACUGUUUGGACGCUUUCUCUCAGAUUUGUACGUUAACGUUUGUUUUAGCAGGUCGGCAUCGUUUGCAUGAGUUUUCCAUAAAAGGUGGAUUUCCGUUAUUUUGCACAAGUAUAGGACACAAACGCUUCCUGUAAACUAAGGUCAUACAUGAUCUUCCACUUCCUGUUUGACAGUCGGGAGGAACAAACAUUUGGUCAGACUGUCUCGAGACCCUCAGACCCUCAGACCUCCAUCUGCAGCCCGAUAGUCCUUCCUGUUGAUUGAUGUCACUGCAGCAGUCACUAUAUGUAUGUGUAUAAACACAUGUAUGUGUAUAAACAGUUCACGGCUGUCUGUCAUUCAGUCACUCAUACAAACAGUUUUAAACAGUUUUAAAGUCCAAAUUCUCAGAAAAAAAGUUUCAUAAAGAAAAAUCGUAAUGCAUGAUAAAUACAUAUUUUAUUUAUAUAUAAAAUACAUACACUGUGUGUGUGUGUGUGUGCGUGUGCACACUAUAUACUAUUCACCGGGAUUAUAUCCCGUUAGCUCGAGACUCACUUGAUAGCUUUAUCAAAUUUAUUUGAAUCCAUCUACCAGUCCUGUGUAUGUAUAUUUACAGCUUUAUAUGACUCAUUUAUACUGAGUAUAUAAUUAUACAUACACAUACAUACUAUAACAUACAUACAUACAUAGAUUGGUGAAAUAUUUGAGGUCUGUGUUCAAAUAAAAGAAUGAAAACCUUCAACAUUCAUCAAUUGUCCAACAGGUGAGUUGAGUUGAGGCUCCACUGGCUCAGGAUGGUAGCGCUGUGCUGCCCUCCUGUGGUCACAGGGUUGAACUGCAACACAUUGAAUUAGUAAAAACAGCGUCACCACUAACUCAUUGUACUUCCGGUGAACACUUUCAAAAUAAAGUGACGGUGUUCUCGCCACGUAAGACUCUCACAUAGUUUAUUAUUUUCUCGUGGUUACUGUCAUCUUCACAGAGUGUCGGACGGUUCACUCUCAUGACGACUACGACGUGCACGCUAAGGUGACAGAAAGAGGGAUCUGCGGGCUACUCGUUCGUUAGCAUGUUAGCAGAGCUGCUCGUCGUCGGUCUCUCACGUACCGUAGGUGCUCGAGGAGCUCGCAACUAAUGUUUUCUGGACCGGCAAUUUGAAUUUCAGGACCGUUUCUUACACUUAAUUUCGUUUAUUUUUAGUUUUUGUCACUAUAUUUUGAAAGCAGUUACCGGAAGUACAGUAUCCUAUCAUGUGUGCGUGACGCUCGUUUUACUGAUUUAAUGUUGCAGUUUCACACCAUGACCACUGGAGGGCGACAGAGACUGUAGUCCGUAUCAGGCAGAUUCAGAAUGUAAUCAGUCUGACAGGAAUUAGACAUUUACAGACACUCAUUGU